AUGAAAGGCACCAAGGGGGAGAAGAAGACGGUGAAGCAGGAAGGGGCGAAGCAGGAGGAGGAGGAGAAAAAGGACGGCGCGCCCACCUCGAAGAAAAAAAUUAACAAAAAGGAAAAAAACAACGCGGUAAAGAAGGAACAAGCAGAAGGAAAAAAGACGAAGAAGGAGAAGAAAAACAGCGCGCAGACCGGAGAAACACCCAAGGGAAGAGACAAACCCGUGGCGGUGUAUCCCCCCAUCCCGAAAAGCUUAGACGACCGAUGGAACGACUUCCGCACGAUUGAAAAAUACACAGAAAUUACUAAUGUCUAUUUAGGGGCGCACAUAUCAGCGGGGGGAGGAGUGCAGAACGCGCCGACGAACUGUUUCAACGUGGCUGGGCAAGCAUUCGCGUUGUUUUUAAAAAACCAGAGGAAGUGGGAGAGUCCCUCCCUCUCCCCUGAAAGUAUAAAACAGUUUGAGCAAAAUUGCAAAGCGUAUAAGUUAGACGCCAAGUAUAUUCUUCCCCAUGGGUCAUACCUAAUCAAUUUGGCAAACCCAGAUGGGGAGAAAAGGGAGAAAUCUUAUCUCUCCUUUUUGGAUGAUGUAAGAAGAUGUGAGCAGUUAAACAUACCGCUUUAUAACUUCCACCCCGGGUCAACAACAGGCAUGUGCUCCCUCGAAGAAGGAAUUAAAAAUGUAGCCGAUUGUAUUAACAGGGUGCACAAAGAAACCUCUAACGUUGUGAUAGUGCUUGAAAAUUCAGCUGGACAGAAAAACUCCGUGGGAUCCAAAUUUGAAGAUUUAAAAAAUAUUAUUUCUCUAAUUGAGGACAAAUCUAGAAUUGGGGUCUGUCUAGAUACAUGCCAUACCUUCGCAGCGGGAUAUGACAUACGCUCCUACAACGGUUUCGAUCUAGUGAUGAAACAGUUUGACGAAAUUAUAGAUGCCAGUUACUUGAAGGCUGUCCAUCUGAAUGACUCCAAGUCGGAACUUGGCAGUGGCCUGGACAGGCAUGAGAACAUAGGCAAGGGGAAGCUCUCUCUGGAGACCUUCAAAUAUGUAAUGACCGCUAGGUACUUUAAGAACAUCCCCAUCAUUUUGGAGACCCCCGAUGUGGCCAAUGACGAGUCGGUCUACAAGUACGAGAUAAGGUUCCUCUACGAGAUGGUGGUGAAUAAUCCCUCUGGGGGGGCAGCCACUUAG